AGCUUUUGAGGGAUUUCCAGGGAUCUGGAUGUCAUCCCUGAAGAUAAAAUAUAUUGCCUCAGGCCUCAUGGACACUGUCUGUGAUGACCUACUGGAUGAGGAUGGUUUCCUCAGACGGAGCGCUGGUGCAAUAUCCUCACAGGAAGACCUUGAUCUUCAGAAGGUAAUUACUUCAAAACCAGCAUCCCCAGUCAAUUGCAUGCCCGUCAAAGGAUGCCUGUCAAUGUCCUACCUUGAUGCUUUGAAGAAUCCUGAAGACAUUGAAAAUGCUACUCACCUCAGUAGAAGCAUUGACUCUCUCUCCGUAAUUGGUGUGCCUACUUCAACCUCAAAGGAAGUUUCAUACGGCACAGAAUUGAAACUGACACAGUUGCAAAAGGAUGUCUCUGCAUCAUCCUCACUUUAUGCCAUGAGCAACUGUCGGAGCUCAUUGGAGUUUCCCUCCGGUCGAUCCGAUAUCCCUAUUGACAAAGAGGCCCAAAGGAUUUCCUCCACAGACGAAGAAGACAGUCUGUCCAAAUCCCUCCUGACCUCUUCCAAAUCAGUCUUCAAUGUCUCUGGCCUCGUCCCUACUCCUCCAGAGGGAAAGCCAAAGGUGAGGCUGCCACGGCGCCCAGUGCUUCGCCUUAGGAAGGUUCCAGAGGAGCCCCCCAAAAAGAUGCACAUUUACACAGUUUGCAGGGAUGCUUUUBAUUUCCCAACUGAGACAAUGCGAUCGACCAGUCCAUCARCAUUCGAGGGAGAAUUCUCAACUCCAGAGUCCCAGAGGCCAAGAGCGGUGGACAGCUCAGACAAGGAGUCUAUCUUUAAUAUAGACUCAUCCAAAAGACUCGUCGCAGAGAUAAUGCUGUCUGUUCAGGAGGACGUUGUUGAGGCAAAGUAGAGAGAGUUGGCCGCACAUCUGGCUGCGCUGUCGUCUGACAAUGAGAUGCUCAGCACUUUGGCUCAGAGU